AUGGCGGCCGAGCACGUCAACUCAUUCCGAUGUCCCUCCGCUACUGUCACAUCCAGCCCUGUGCUCCCGUUCCCGCCCAUUCCCUUCCUCAUACCUGCUCCGGCUCUCCCUGUCACUCCACUCCCUCACUCCCAAACUCCCCUGCCAUCUCCCUCUCACCCAGCACCCGCAUCGCGCCGAAAUGUCGGGCUCCUCGCCACGGCUCGCGGUCGCACUGCUGCUGCUGAUCUGCGCGCGCAAUGGACGUAUCUUCCCCGCAUAUCUUGCGGCGCAUGGCUGCCGCGCUCAUUCGGCUUCGCUUCCCGCCGCGUCGAUCCCGCCGACGCCGACGCCGGCGCGCAACCGCUGUUCCCGCACGCGCAGUCCAAGCUGACGUCAUCACUCUCCCUCCGCCCCUGGAUGUUCUCCUUCGCCCACUCGCGCUCCUUUCUCCGCACCGCCUCCCGCGCGCCGCCCCCGCCAGCGCCAGAUACGCGGGAUGCGCCCACCUUUUCCACGCUCACGCUAGAGCGCGACCAGCCGCCCAAACCGCCCAAGUCGCCCAAAUCCCCAAAGCCGCCCAAGUCCCCCAAGCCCCCGUCUCCCCCGAAGCCAGGAAAGUCCCCCAAGCUCCCCCCGUCCCCUCCGCCCACCCCUCUUCCGCCGCCGCCGGAGUGGCCAUCCACGUACGCGGGCGUCGCGCCGCUCGCGACGGACCCACCGGAAACGCCGCUCUUCGAUGUGAAGGAGGGGUUUGGGGCGGUGGGUGACAACGCUACCGACUCGUGGGCCGCGUUCGACGGCGCGUUCCGCGCUGCGUGUGAGAGCGCGAGGGGGAGCGGCGGGCGUGCGAUAGUGCGCGUGGGGGAGGGCGCGUUCUUCCUGGCGAAGUCCAUCACCGUCAACGGGUCGUGCGGCGCUGGCCUCACGCUGCAGGUGGACGGCACCAUCUACGGGCCGCUCUCCAAGGACGGCUACCCCACGCCCUCACUCUACCUGAACGGCACUAUCAUUGGUGUCGCCAGCAACGGGCUGUUUCAGUUCCAGGGCAUGAAGGGACUGGUGCUGCGCGGGGAGGGGGCGAUUGACGGCAACGGGAGGAAGUUCUGGGGGUCCAAGGCGCCCACGCGGCCACACAUCAUUGCGCUCAUCGACUGCCAGUACACCACCAUCGAUGGGCUGCUGCUGCGCAACCCGCCGAUGUACCACGUGUUUGGGUACGGCACGGAGGGGCUGUGGAUCCGCGGGGUGACGACCAACAGCCCCGAGACGUCCCCCAACACGGACUCGCUCAAGCUGAUCGGUGUGCGCCACGCUGUCAUCGAGAACUGCACCUUCCACGGGGGGGAUGAUGACGUGUCACUCGUUGCCAGGGGCGCUCAGAGCGUGGUGAACGUGACGGUCAGGAACCUCAUUGCCACGGCCGGGCACGGCAUCAGCAUUGGAAGCCUGGGCGCUGGAGGGGCAGUGGCGUGUGUGUCUGAUGUGACCUUUAAGGACCUCAUAAUAUCUAACCUCGAUAAUGGGCUGCGCAUCAAGACAUGGCAGGGUGGCCUGGGGAUGGUGCGCAAUGUGCGAUACGAGAAUGUGUACAUGACCAACACUGACAACGCCAUCACACUCAACCAGUUCUACUGCGACUCGCACCAGGACUUCUUCUGCGGCAUAGCGCCUGACAACGUGGCACUGGUCAACAUUACAUACUCCAAUGUCUAUGGCACCACCUCACGGUAUGGAAUGAACAUCCGAUGCAGUGCGACGGUCCCCUGUGGCGGCAUCAAGCUCAACAACGUCAACCUUGUCUCCUCCAAGGGAAGCUCUCUCCGCCCCGUGCUGCUGAAUGUGGUCAACAGCCAGGCCACAGGGGUGGUGGCGCCGUUACCGCAAGGCAUGGGGUCGUAUGCAGGACCAGAGGACGUAGGCAGGUCGAUGAUGCCGUUCCUGCAGCGCGCCGAUGAGCUGCAGAAGCACGACCCGCUCGUCGCCUACUACUGUCGGCUGUACGCGACGGACAAGGGGCUGAAAGUGUCGAGCAAGGAGAGGGGCAAGGACACCAACGACCUGCUGCUCUCGCUGCUCUCCCGCCUCGAGAAGGACAAGGCGGAGGUGCAGCUGAGCCCCGAGGACAGCCUGCACGUGGAGGGCUUUGCAGAGCGCGUCUUUGCCAAGGCGGACAAGCAGGACCGAGCGGGCCAGGCCGACAUCUCAACAGCCAAGACGUUCUAUGCGGCGGGGCUGUUCUUCGACGUCAUGCGCCAGUUCGGCGAGCUGCCUCCUGACGUGCGCAUCCCCUGCCAUCGCACUGCUCUUUGCCACGCCACUGCUGUAUUGCUGUGGAGCAGAAGUAGCGGCCAGGUGAGGAGAUGGGGGAGAAGGAGGCCAGGUGAGGAGAUGGGGGAGAAGGAGGCCAGCACGUUCUCUGCACACAUCAUCCUCGUUCACACCACCCUGUCACAUACCCUACUCCAUGCACACCCCUCUCCCCCCCAGCAGCACGACAUCCUGGGUUUGCCCGUGCCACCCUCUGUGCAGCCUCUGCGCCCUGACCACAGCGGAGCAGCGCCAGGGGGGGGUGGGGCCACAGCAGCAGGGGGAGGGGGAGGUGUGGGGGGAGGAUGGGCACAGGGCGGCGGCCAGCAGGGGCCAGGGGUGGGGCGACCCCAUGGGGGCGGUGCUGCGACAACAUCGUCCAUCGGCCCUGCAGGCAUGGGCGCACCAAGAGCAGCAGCGGCUGCCCCGUCCACAGGCUCGACCCAAGGCACGGGCACGGGCACGGGCAUGGGAAUGGGCGGGCAGGCUCCCCCAGCGGGCAAGGUGGGGGACGCCCACCGCGCUGCACGCUUUGCUGUGAGUGCACUGGCCUUCGACGACGUCCCCGCUGCUUUAGACUACCUCAAACAGGCCCUGCGGUUGCUGGACGGGAUGUAA